AAAAAAGAAAUGUUAUGAUAUGAAAUGUGUGAUAUUUUUUUAUUUAUUUUUUUUAUUGAUACAUGGGUUGGAGCUUUGAUUGGGUUGUAGUUUAUGGAGAUUUGAAAAUUCAAAACUUGAAAACCAAACUAAUUGAAAAUGAGUCAAAUCUAACCAUAAACCAAAUUUUCAACCAAGCUUAGAUCAUACUUUAACUAGCAUUACAAAAAUUCGACACGACACAUAGUUAGUAGAACCUUUUGUAGAUCAAGAACUAGGCAACAUGAAGCAACCCGGCUUGGCAAAGUCACAAGUCACAACCAUCUUUCAAUCUUUGUGACCACGGGUAUUAAACUUUGGCGCCAAUUAAAAAGUAUGAACCAAUUGAACAUCAAGUAGGCAAGUAAACUGUAAAUGUCUCUCCGAGUACUCCAACGGAAUUUCAUCACUUGGUGCUCCUAUCGCUUCUCUACGCUUGCGGCCACCACUUCUUCGUAUCCUAGAAGCCGUUGCGCCGCCGUUGUCGACCACUAUGAUGUUUUUCUUCCUCUCUCCUCCUCUUAUCUUCCUCCAGAACACACUUAUAGCUCUGAAAUUCGAGACUUUUUCGUGUAUCGGUACCAGCAUUCUUGUUCUUCAACUGAAGCUAACCAGCUUCAUCUUGGAAUUUACAAACAUGGGUUUGAAGCAGAUUUGUUUCUUGUUAAUACCCUUAUCAAUGUUUAUGUUAGAUUUGGUGAUCUUGUUUCUGCACGCAAGGUGUUCGAUGAAAUGUCUGAGAGAAAUUUGGUUAGUUGGGCUUGCUUGAUUUCGGGUUACGAUCAAAAUGGUAUGCUGGUUGCAGCAUGUGCUACGUUCAGGGACAUGGUUUCUGCGGGUUAUGCCCCUAAUAGCUAUGCAUUUGGUAGUGUCUUGCGCGCUUGCCAAGAUUUGGGGCCUGAUUAUCUGAAAUUUGGUUUGCAAAUUCAUGGUUUGAUAUCGAAGACGAGCUAUGCUCAUGAUGUUCUUGUUGGUAAUGUGUUGAUUUCGAUGUAUGGAAGUUGUUGCUUGGGGUCGGGGGAUAAUGCUAGGAGAGUGUUUGAUGAAAUAGAUGGGAAGAUUUCAGUAUCAUGGAACUCUAUUAUUUCAGUGAAUUCUAAAAGAGGAGACACAAUUGGUGCUUUUGAGAUGUUUGCUAGGAUGCUACAUGAAGGUUCAGGGUUCAAUUUUAAGCCUAAUGCUUAUACAUUGAGUAGCUUAAUUGCUGUUGCAUCUUCCUCUUCACUAUUUGGCUCAAGCUUACUACAGCAAAUAGCCUCGCGAGUGCAAAAAUCUGGAUUUCUGGAUGAUUUGUAUGUAGGAAGUGCUUUAGUUAGUGGAUUGGCCAAGUUUGGUUUAAUUGAUGAUUCAUGGAAGAUUUUUGAGUGUAUGAGUACUAGAAAUGCAGUCACUAUGAAUGGCUUAAUGGUUGGGUUAGUAAAUCAAAAGAAUGGAGAACAAGCUGUUGAUGUUUUCAAACGGAUGAAAUAUUUGGUUGAAGUCAAUCCGGACUCUUAUGUGGUCCUAUUAAGCGCUUUUGCUGAAUUUGAUGAACUGGAAGAAGGGAGAAGAAAGGGUAAAGAACUCCAUGCUUAUGCAAUCAGAAGUGGCCUAAGGGAUGCUAAAGUUGCAGUUGCCAAUGCCCUUAUUAAUAUGUAUGCAAGAUGUGGGGCUGUAGAUAGUGCUUGUGCAGUUUUUGAACAAAUGGACGAGAGAGACUUGAUUUCAUGGAACUCAUUGAUAGCUGGUCUUGAUCAAAAUGAACUGUUUGAAGAUGCUGUUACUACUUUCUGCCGUAUGAGGAGAUCUGGAAUUAGGCCCACAAAUUUUGCAUUGAUAAGUUGUUUGAGUUCAUGUGCUAGCUUGGGUUGGCUGAGGCAAGGGGCGCAAGUACAUACAGAAGCACUUAGAUUAGGACUUGACUCUGAUGUCUCAGUUUCCAAUGCACUACUUUCUAUGUAUGCAGAUACUAGAAGUUUCAAAGAAUGCCAGAAACUGUUUACUUUGAUGCCAGAGCAUGAUCAAGUUUCUUGGAAUUCUAUUAUUGGUGCAUUGGCUGACUCAGAAACAUAUGGAUCGGAAUCUGUUAAGUAUAUCCUGAAGAUGAUGCGAUCGGGCUGGAGGCUUAAUGGGGUGACCAUAGUGAAUAUACUUUCGGCAGUUUCUUCGGAUUCUCUUUCUCUUUCUGAAUUAGGCCCACAGGUUCAUGCAUUGGCAUUCAAUUAUGGCUUUGCAAAUAACAUUACAGUUGAAAAUGCGCUCAUCUCUUGUUAUGGGAAAUGUGGCAGAAUUGAAGACUGUGAAUCAAUCUUUUCAAGAAUGGCUCAGAAGGAUGAGGUUAGUUGGAACACCAUGAUAUCUGGUUGCGUGCAUAAUGAGUAUUUAUCCAAGGCUGUUGACCUCGUUUGGCUCAUGAUGCAGAGUGGUCAGAAGUUAGACCACUUCACCUUUGCAACUGUUCUUAGUGCAUGUGCCUCAGUUGCUACUUUGGAGCGUGGGAUGGAAGUCCAUGCUUGUCAAAUCAGGGCUCAUCUGGAAUCUGAUGUUGUGGUGGGAAGUGCAAUUGUUGACAUGUAUGCAAAAUGUGGAAGGAUAGACUAUGCUACAAGAUUUUUUGAUCUGAUGCCAGUGAAGAAUAUAUUUACUUGGAAUACCAUGAUAUCGGGGUAUGCACGGCAUGGGUUUGCCAACAAAGCUUUAGAGAUUUUUGAACAAAUGAAAGAAGAAGGUCAACCUCCAAAUCAUGUCACAUUUGUUGGAGUCCUAUCAGCUUGUAGUCAUGGUGGAUUAGUUGAAAAGGGUUUCAAGUAUUUUGAGUCUAUGAGCAGCGAAUAUGGAUUGGAACCUCAAAUGGAGCACUUUUCAUGUAUGGUUGACCUGCUUGGGCGAUCAGGUAAAUUGGAUAAAGUUGAAGAUUUCAUCGACGGAAUGCCUAUGAAGCCAAACAAUCUUAUUUGGAGAACAGUUCUGGGGUCUUGCAGUCGGACCAGUGGUCACAACAGUGAAUUAGGUAAGCGAGCUGCAGAGAUGCUUUUGCAGCUGGAGCCCAAAAAUGGCGCAAAUUAUGUACUUCUUGGUAACAUGUACGCUGCAGGAUCAAAUUGGGAAAACUUGGCCAUUACCCGGUCUGCAAUGAGUUUAGCAGCAGCAAAGAAGCAAGCUGGAUGCAGUUGGGUCACUAUGAAGGAUGGCGUCCAUGUGUUUGUUGCAGGAGACAAAUCACACCCAGAGAAAGAUGCAAUAUAUGAAAAACUUGGAGAACUGCUGAGAAAGAUGAGGGAGGCUGGUUACGUACCACAGACAAGCUUUGCUUUAUAUGAUCUUGAACCAGAGAGCAAGGAAGAACUCCUGAGCUAUCACAGUGAGAAACUGGCCAUUGCCUUUGUCCUUACUCGCACAUCAAAUUCCACCAUCAGGAUAAUGAAAAAUCUGCGAGUUUGUGGUGACUGUCACUCAGCUUUUCGAUACAUAUCAAAAAUUGUUGGUCGCCAAAUUGUGCUGCGAGACUCUAACAGAUUCCAUCAUUUUAUUGAUGGUGAGUGUUCAUGUGGGGAUUAUUGGUGAUAUUUAUGUCCACACAAUAUGAGAUCUUUCAGGCCUUUCAAGUUUACAAACAUGGGAUGGAACCAUGGAAGUGGAAAUGAUACUGCUGUCACUGGACUUUUAUUACUUCAUGUGUUUUGAGCUCAGAACACUAGUAUGAUGAGUUGUGGGUGAAGCAGAAUAAUCUUGCAAUCUUGUUUUGGGGACUGCAGUUGAAUUAUGCUGGUAAAUCAGAAGUCUACACAAACAGUGGCAAAAUCAGCUCUAUUCAAAAGAUAUAACCCUUUUCAAACCUCUAAGGUAGGCAACCACCCUCUUCUCCUCUUCAUGUACGCAGCUGCCUGCCCCGUCCUGAAUAAACAAACAGGAGCGAGAGAUUGCUUUAUUGAGUAAUGGGAAGCGGCCUUGAACGGCAAGCCCUUAUGGUUGCGAGCCUGAGAAGUGCUUUUUUUCGGGUCUUUGAAAAAGCUUUGUUGAAUUAAACAUGCCCUAUCAAUACAGGGUCUAGCAGAACAGGCCGAGCUCCAGCUUUGCUUGCGCUCUUCACUGGUGCUUACCGGAAACCUUAGACUGGCGACUAUGCUUAAGAAAUGGAUAUGCUGCUUUGCCAUGGUUUGAUUUUGGGUGAAUUUUUAAAUAAUUUUUGUAGUGUACUGUUAAUGAAGCAUGGAAAUGAUUUGGCAACCAAAAGCAACUUGCCAAAUAUAAAGCAAUGAUCAACUUCUCAACUGCGAAUCAGGUUUUCAGCAGCAGGAAUAACUUACUUGCAAAUGGAUUGCAUUACUCCUUGAGCUCAACAGGAGAGGGACCCGUUAUGUCCAUUGCAAGGUUAUGGGACUAGCUAGAGUCUCACAUCGGUCAUAUGGGGGACUGAUAUAGGGCUUAUAUAAGAUUAUGGGCUCUCCUCCUACCUUGGGGCUUUUGGGGAUGGUUUCCCUGUGGCAUUAUGUGAGGAAAAAAAAAAAAGGGAAUACUUUGCAAGGGUUAGGAGCAAGAGCUUUCUAAAACCAUCUCUGGAUUUGCAAGUGUCAGGAACACUCUUUUUUGUCAAUCAAGCUCAAAUUGAAGAAUUUGUUUCUACUUAAUCUAGCAGGUAAGCUGUAAGAAUUUUAGUUUAACUGUUCUUUCUUCAUCUUUGGUAAAACCAACAGGCAACAGGAAAAAAAUAUUUCCAUAGAAAUUGCUUCUGAUUUAUAAAUUUACUAUUUAUUGCCAUUUACUUAUCAUGCAUCUUUUACAUGGACAGAUUGACCUUAGGAAGCUCAGUUGUCUCUUCCUCACCGUAAAGUUUUAUAUAGCUGUUCAAGCUUUAUUAGCUUCAUUUGUUAUCCAUUUAGGGUUAGUGGCCUUAGGUACUGUUCUCCUCAGCUUAUAGAAAUCUACUUGUAUAUUAAUAAGCAGUUUUAUCGUCAUUCUAAAAUUCCUGGUAUAUACUUCAACUUUUUUAUUUUUUUAGGCACUGUGAGUUCAUACUAUAUUUUGGUUGAAGCAAGUGGCUGUAAAUGGAUUGUUU